AGAGGGUUCAAGCCCGCAGGGUUGUGCUGCUCUCUGCCCACACCGCCCUCAGCACGGCAUCCCGACUAGCGCCUCUCUCCAGCAAGGAGCGGCUGCGCAAGGACACGGCAGCUUCGCAUGGAGUGCCCCGUCUGCUUCCACAGCUACGCCGCCGAGCCACACACCCCGAAGGUGCUGCCGUGCGGCCACACGGUGUGCGCCGCGUGCGUCCGCGCGCUGUGCUCCGGAGACCACGCCGGCCUCGCCAGUUGCCCCGUCUGCCGAGCUCGGUGCUCCGAGGCGGACAUCUCCACCAACUUCGCCCUCCGCGAGGCGGCCGCCGGCCUCGCGGCGGCCGCCCUGAAGGGCAGGUCCGCCGCGGCCGGGCCGCGCGCGGAGCCAGUUCCAGCAGGGCCCGGCGUCUGGGAGGGCCUGUCGCAGCCGCUGCUGCGGGGUGGCGGCGCGCCGGCCGCCCAGGCGCCGGCCGCCGCACCCGGGCAGCAGACAAUGCCUCCCGCCGCGGGCGACCUGGAGCCCUCGGCGCCACCUCUGGACGAGGCGGCCUGGCAGGUGGGCCCCGAGAACGUGUACGAGCACGCCACCGCGCACGCCGUGGAGGUGCCGGCGGGUCUCCGCCCGGCAGACGAUGCGUCCUGGGAGGCGGUGCGCCGGCCAGUUCUGUAUGGCUGGGGCGAGCAGCGCGAGCGGUUCAUGCACCGCAGGCCCAGGUGCCUGAUGGAUCAGAUGGUCAGCGGCUCCGGGUUUUACCCACCGCGCAUGCUGCACGACAGCUGGUUCACCGACGAGGAGCUGGCCAUGUCACUCCAGUUGGAGAGCUUGCUGGAGGGCACAGGGCACUCGCGAGAUCUGGCGCGAGAUAUGCUAGCCGCGCGGUUGUAUGACGUCGACGUGCGCAUUAUCCUGGACAACAGCGGUUCGAUGCAAGCAGACAUGUUCGGGCAAACGUGCUCCACUGGCAUGUCACAGGCGUGGAUCGAUAUGCAGGGUGACGCCUUCAAUGCGAACCUGCUUAUGGGCCGUACUUUUGCCAACAUGAGACAGCCUCGAUUCAAUGCCUCACCUGCUCCCCCGCAGAGUCCAUAUAGCCCAUCACAUCGACGCUGGUUCUUCGCCCGGGAAGCGUUGCGGCAGUGGAAACCGGUCUACAACGUAAUGGGCAUGGACCCAUGGGUCUACUUGCUGAAUCCGAUGACGAAUUUCGGCAAUAAGGUCCCAUUGUCCAGGGUUGAUGCGAUCUUUGCUGAUAAGCCUGGUGGCCGCACUCCCAUGACGCAAGCCAUCCAGCGGGCCCUGCAAGAUCACAGAGAGGAUCUGCCGAGCAGCACCCUGUUGUUGCUGAUCCUCACGGAUGGUGAAGCGGAUGAUAUGGUAAGCUUCAACGCGGUGCUUGACCGCAUUCAGAAUCAAGUGUUUGGUGAUGUGCAGGCUUGUUUCAUGGGCCUCUCGUUGGUGCCUCGCGACAUCGAAUGGUUUGAGAAUGAGGAGUGCGACGAGACCCGCAUCCGCACAGUUGAGGCUUACGAGGUGGAGCAGCGGCAGAUUCAGUUGCGUGAGGUAGUGUCCCGGGAGGGGGCAUAUAACUUUUACAUGCAUACGUUCCGCGUCCUGGUGACCAACUUUUUCCCCGCCGAUUACGACUAUGAAGCGCCGCUGCAGAAUUUCCGGCACAGGUUGUACAUCACCUUGCACGGAAGGGAUAGGUGGUAUGGGCUGAACAAUGUUUGCUGGAAGUGCGCCGUAUCUAAUCUGCUUUGCUCGGCCUGUUUCAUCGCCACGUGCUGUCACUGCAACGGUUGGUGUCAGGGCAACGAAUGUGGCAAGAUGCAGUAUCCCGAGUGUCUUGAGAGCUGCUUCGAGCAAGAGUGAGAGUCCUCAGUCGCACGCUCAUCGGCGAGUGCCGAGGUCCACGCAGCUAGUUCCUUACAGCCUGCUUGUUGUUCAAUGGUCAGGUCUGGCGAGGCAGUUUCUGUGUUUUCCCUUGGCCUCUCUUGAGUAGUGUGCCCCGUGAGUGGGUGCGCUCCCUCGGGCUUCGUUCGCUCCAGGUAGAUGAUCGCGGGCCCCCGUUACCUCGGAUAGCCUUCACAGGUUGUGCUCAUGUGGAAAGCAUCUCGCAUUGCUUGCUAAGCCAAGCUGUCCGAGAGCAGCACUUGGCACAAGGGCUCCUGGGUGUGAAGACAAAAAGUGC